AUGCUUGUCACUACGAAAUACCUCGAGUCCCAAAAUGCAUCUCUCCCAUCGCUUGUACUCCAAGUGACCCAGCUUGUGGACUCGUAUAUGCUGUGGAUCGGUGUCAGUGAAGGGUCACCCGAUGACGCUCAGAUUACCGUCAUGAGAGGCAGGUUAUCGAAGGAUUGGGCUUGUGCCAUGCCCCCGAAAGCCCCUAGCCUGGUAGGACCUGCAACCUCCUUCUUCCGUUCAUCCACUUCAGACGUUGCACUGUCAAUGGCACAGCGUCUAGCAAAACGCUUUAAAAAGCAGAUGUUCUUGUCUGUCGACGUACCCCAUUCCUUCCUUUCGAUGGGGAAUGGACAAGAGUUGUUACUAGAGGCAGAGCGUGGUAUUGUGGUGACAUUGAAAGAAAUGGAGGGUGCACAGACCAAGUAG